UUCUUAAGAAUACUUAAGGAUAUUGGUGGAAAGCCGUGGUUCUUUCUACAGCUCGAAAAGUACCGACUAAUUUCAGUUAUAUAAUUUGAUUCUGGAAUGUAUUAAAAUUUUCUGAUAUUGAAUAAUCGGCGGUAUUUUGCAGAUGAGCUCCGAAACUGACUCCACCAUUCGUUUUAACCGGAGUGUUCCGUUUGAAGACGUGUAUACGACAGCCCCAAAUGAUGGGAUUUUAUUUAUGAAAUUUUCUUGUCAAAAUGGCUUUGAUGACAUUCAAAGGAAUGGUUCGUGUAAAAAUCAAACGGAUGAAGUGUUGCCGAUGGAUUUGGUUUUCACGGACGAGAACAUGGUGACUAUAGUCGCAUAUACAUGCAUGUUCAUUGUCGCAGCAUGUGGCAACCUUACCGUUUUCAUCACGUUGUUUAGGAAUCGCAACAUCAAAUCUCGUGUAAAUCAAUUCAUUUUUCAUCUUUCUAUCGCCGAUCUCGUCGUCACUUUCAUCAUGCUCCCUUUAGAGAUAAUCUGGAACAUCACUGUGGCCUGGAAGGCGGGGGACCCGGCCUGCAGAAUUCUCAUGUUUUUCCGCAUUCUCGGAUUGUACCUAUCGUCGUUCAUACUAGUGACCAUAAGUUUGGAUAGGUACUUUGCCAUUGUCCAUCCAUUAAGUUUAAAUGACGCGGAUAAGCGGGGACGGAUCAUGCUUAUUUUGGCGUGGUGUUUUAGUAUUGUAGCCAGCAUUCCACAGAGUGUCAUAUUCCACGUCGAGACGCAUCCCAAGCACAAGACGUUUACACAGUGUGUUACAUUCAACUUUUUCCCGUCUGAUAAUCACGAGCUGGCCUAUAACCUGUUUAACCUGAUCACCCUGUAUGCCCUGCCGUUGCUUAUCAUCACCACAUCGUACUCACUCAUUCUCUGGGAAAUCUCCAAAAAGACCAAACAGUGCAAAGAGGAAACGAAAUGCCUUUCAACCCGGUCACGCCUGCGCCGUUCCUCGGUGGGAAACAUGGAGAGGGCCCGGAUAAGAACGCUGAAGAUGACCCUCGUUAUAGUCAGUGUAUUCGUGGUAUGUUGGACGCCAUACUUCGUUCUUUCGGCGUGGUGGUGGUUUGACCGGGAGUCCGCCAGUCAGUUAGAUCCCAAAGUACAGAGGGGCCUGUUUCUGUUUGCCGUGUCCAAUUCCUGCAUGGAUCCUAUUGUUUACGGCAUGUUCACUACCACCUUCCGCCGGGAAACUCAAAAAUGGGGGCGGUGGCUAUAGCAAGCGUUUUAUAAGAACGAACCUUCUCCCUCCAAUCACUGGGAUGAGGCUUCAAUCUUCUCUGCUUCUUACUCUAGGUAUGUUUACCAUUAACUUCAAACGGGAGUUUGUUCGCUGCUGUUGCUGCCUGAAAUCUUCUUGGAAACGUCACAAGCUCCAACGGCUGACCGGGAAAUUUCAGACGUCCACGGGGAUACAACGAGGUCCCGUCUCCCAAACAGCGUCCAACAACUCCUGCCGAUCUCUCCAGGGAACAAACGUUGUCAAGUUCUGUGACGAUCCCGCUUUGUGGAGGAAUGGCGGAGGUCCGGCCUUGUCACAGAUGAACACCGGAAGCAACAGGGCUAAUGUAAAUAACUUUACGAAAAUGAACCUUCCCAGCUUGACAAAGACGACUCCAAACACUGCGCCGUGACGACAUUGUGUGUGUGCACGUGUAUUAUGUAAUAAAUGAUUAUAUUUAUAUAAAAUGCAUUAAUUUUGUUGCUGUAUUCAUGCCAAAUAAAGCCAGCUGGUUGA